UGAGCUGAACCAAUUGGUCACAGGCUCACUUACCUGCAAUUCCUAAAACACAACUAACGAAACCCGCGCCCUCAAAAAAAUUCAGUUGGUCUCUAACAUUCAACAUAGUUACAGCAGAUCCUGAUUCUCUCAAGUUGGAAGAGGGAAGAGUUUCUUCUCAAUGUCCACAAUCAAACUCCUCUUUCUAUUCACAUUCUUCUCUUCCUUGAUUUUAGGAUAUGGAGAUGGGAUUUCAGGGAAGUACCCAAUCGUGGUGAGUACGUGGCCUUUUGUAGAAGCUGUGAGAGCUGCUUGGAGGGCUGUUGAUGCUGGCUUUUCCGCUGUUGAUGCUGUCGUUGAGGGUUGUUCUGCUUGUGAAGAUUUGAGGUGCGAUGGUACAGUGGGUCCUGGUGGAAGUCCAGAUGAGAAUGGAGAAACUACAAUUGAUGCUCUGAUUAUGAAUGGGGUGACAAUGGAGAUUGGAGCUGUAGCUGCCAUGAGGUAUGUGAAAGAUGGCAUUAGAGCUGCAAGAUUAGUGAUGGAACAUACUAAGCACACUCUCCUUGUUGGGGAGAAGGCAUCAGCCUUUGCCAUUGCGAUGGGUCUCCCAGGACCCUCAAACCUUAGCUCGACAGAGUCUAUUGAGAUGUGGAAUAAAUGGAAAGAGAAUGGUUGCCAACCUAAUUUUUGGAAAAAUGUUAUACCUCUAAAUGGUUGUGGUCCUUAUCGUCCGAAGAGUGCAAAUGGCUUCAGUGAGGGGGGUUACUCCAAAGCCAAUUUGAUGGGAGUUAUUGAAUCAAGGUCAUCUCAUUUUGGUCUUCACAGCCAUGACACCAUUUCAAUGGCUGUUAUCGAUAAAAUGGGACAUGUUGCUGUUGGCACAUCAACUAAUGGAGCUACUUUUAAGAUCCCUGGCAGGGUGGGUGAUGGACCCAUUGCUGGAUCUUCAUCAUAUGCUGAUGAUGGGGUUGGUGCUUGUGGGGCAACUGGUGAUGGUGACAUCAUGAUGCGCUUCCUUCCCUGUUAUCAAGUAGUAGAGAGCAUGAGAUUAGGAAUGGAACCAAAGCUCGCUGCCAAGGAUGCAAUAUCUCGAAUUGCAAGAAAAUUUCCAGAUUUUGUUGGGGCUGUUGUUGCUGUCAAUAAGAAUGGUGUGCAUGCUGGUGCUUGCCAUGGAUGGACAUUUCAAUACUCGGUGAGAACCCUGGAAAUGGAAGACGUGGAGGUUUUCACUGUGUUACCGUGAAUUGGCCCCAACUGUGUUUCACAAUAAGCACUCUUUUGUUAAUACUCCAAAUGUAAACUAUUAUUUAAGUGUGAUUAUCUUUUCAUGCUUAUUGACGAAGAGCAGGCAAUGAAUUGUGUAUGCUGUGCUCUAAACACACAUGCCUAUUGUUAAAUAUCGGAGUUUCAUACCCUUUAUUAUCGAUAUCUAUUUGACAAUAAAAUGGAAGACAUGGUGUUGUAACAUAAUAUGGUUAUGUU